UGGUUCAAGGCUAACACAAAAGCACCUGCUACGGCGGCAGCCUUGCGGGGAAAUCUAGUGUAGGGGCACUUUCUACAGGCAAGCAGCUAAGCCUAAGAUUCUAUCACGUUUGACAGCUGACAGUUGGGGUAUUGCCUUUCAUUCAGUUUUCUAUCAAAAUUCUUUCUGACAACAUGAAUGUGUGAGCGUCUCAUAAAGUUUUCGCCGGUCAACAUGACGCAAAUGUGGUUGUUGCUUCCUCUGUUUAUGUUCUAUCUCGAAGUGAAAGAUGUUCGAACGGAAGGUAAAAUCGGCUGCUUCUUCAACCUUCUGGUUUGCGACAAAGAGGAACUUUGCUAUGACGAUAAUGCCUUUGGUCGGUGUCAGGCGGGUUACGACGAAGGUGGCGGAAUCUACCGGAACAUUUUGACACCAGGUACUCUUCGUCUGCUUGAACAGGAGAUGAAAAGGCUCUUCAAUGGAGGUUACCGUUGGAGUGACGACUACACUCAGUGUGUCUUACAGAAUAUUCUGUACACUGAGAAGCGCCACCUAAUAUAUGACCCAGGCCUGUGUUCAAGAGUACUUAAAUUACCGCUUCCAACUGUGCCUCUGGAGGUGACCCAGCAGCUAGAGCACGUGAACCCUGAAGACCUAGCCUACAUCAGCUUUAACCCCAGUAAAGAAAACACGUACUCAGAAUACGCUGAUGAAACAUAUAUUCCACCUAAUGAUCAAUCGAGAUACAAGAACGUGUACGCUAUCGAUGGGAGUCGGGAUUCGACAAACCAAGCAAGUAGAUUGAACAGAAAUAGUUAUCAAAUACCCAAAGAUACCCUGUCUGGAGAUGUGGAAGAGGACGAAGAAUUCAAAUACCAGAAGUUGUUGGAAUAUUUGCAAAAAGUUCUUCAGGAUGUUGCGUCAACUCUGCAAGAAGAAGAGGGUGAAAACGAGGUAUCGCCAAGCCAGAAAUUUCCGCUUGCAGAAGGUAGUUUCUUUCCGGAUUUGGAACGAAAGUUGAUUUACACUGAAGGAGGCACGGAAUGGAUUCCUGCUGAGGAUAAACAAAAAUCGAAGAAUUUCAAGGAGGAAUCUAGAAAACAUCUAACGUCUCGUUUAGGGAAAAAUUAUUUUAACUUUGAAACAAAGUUUCUUGACAAGAAACCUACGUUCGUAAGUCAUUUCAAUGAACUAGGUGAAGGGAGAAGAAACGACAAAGUCUGGUGGCGUCCUCUUCUGCGAGAAAAUCAAAACGUGAAUAUAUUUCAUCGUCAAGAUGACGGGAAAAGCUUGCAUGAUGAAGAUCAUGGAUGGUUAGAAAAUCUAAAAUUUCUUGAAAAAUUAAGUUAUAAUCCAGAAGUCAGGGAGUAUAUUCAAGUCGUUAGCUAUGCGGACCCGGAAGAGUCGCGACAUCUAGUGGAUACAUAUAGAAGUAGUUUUCGAGAAGAUCCAGUGAUAGAAGCAUUUGAGCGUGCUAUGCGUUAUGAUGCUAAAAAGCCUGGUCAACAUUAUGCUGUACAUGAGCCCGAACCUCCAGUAAUUGGCUACAAAAAUAACAUGUGGGAGCCAAUUGACAUGAAUACCCAGCGCUUCAACGGACAAAUUAGUUAUCCCUCAAUAGAUGUCGCUACGAGCGAACGACAGGCUUUUCCUCCAUUUGCAGAAG